UGCAAGACAUCAGUUGUUUUCCUUUAACCGUACGACAACAUGAAAUUCUUAAUUGUCUUUGCUUUGGCUUUGGCCUCCGCUACAGCUUUCGAUUUGCGUGGAGCUGAAAUUGAAUCCCGCAGUGUUGUGGUUCCUGUAGUUGAGCAAGAAGGUCGCAUUACCAAUGGUAAUACCGCCUCGGUGGGUCAAUUCCCCUAUCAAGUUGGUCUAUCCUUGAAACUUAAUGCUCUCUCCUCGGCCUGGUGUGGUGGUUCUUUGAUUGGCAACCAAUGGGUUUUGACUGCUGCCCAUUGUACCGAUGGCAUUCAAUCCGUUACCGUGUACUUGGGUGCUACUGUACGCACCUCAGCUGAAGCCACCUUAACUGUAUCCAAGGACAAUAUUAUCAUUCACUCUGGCUGGAACAGCAACAAUUUGAGAAAUGAUAUCUCCUUGAUUAAGAUCCCCUCGGUGGCUUAUUCGGCCAGAAUUCAAGCUGUUAAAUUACCAGCCAUUUCCAGCUCCUACUCCACUUAUGCCGGUGAUAGUGCUAUUGCUUCUGGUUGGGGCAAAAUCUCGGAUGCUGCCACCUCUGUUACCAACAACUUGCAAUGGGCCCGUAUGCAAGUCAUCACCAACUCUGUGUGUGCUCAGACUUAUGGUAGCUCCAUUGUUACCGCCUCCAACAUUUGCGUUUCCACUCCCAAUGGUGUGUCUACCUGCAAUGGUGAUUCUGGCGGUCCUUUGGUUUUGGAAUCCAGCAAGGUACAAAUCGGUUUGACUUCUUUCGGUGCUGCUGCUGGUUGUGCCAAGGGUUAUCCCGCUGCCUUCACCCGUGUUACCAGCUACUUGGAUUGGAUCAAGUCCAAUACUGGCAUCUCUAACUAAGGAAAUUAUAUUGUGAAAAUUUAAUAUUGAAAUAUAAAUAACAAUUAUGGAAGCA